AUGGCAACAAAAGCUACAAAACGAAUUAUUGUAUGCGGAGGAAACGGCUUCUUGGGCUCGAGAAUCUGCAAAUAUGCUGUAGCCCGGGGCUGGGACGUCACAUCAAUAAGUCGUUCCGGAGAACCAAAGUGGGAGACAGUGACAGCGUCCUCGACGCCACCCAGCUGGGCACACCGGGUGAGCUGGGAGCGCGCCGACAUCCUCAAGCCAGCCACGUACGCACCGCUCCUGCGCGGCGCCGACUCGGUCGUGCACAGCAUGGGCAUCCUGCUCGAGGCCGACUACAAGGGCGUGCUCCGGGGCCAGGAGUCCCCCGUGUCGGGCCUGCGCAAGGCCUUUGCCGGCGGCGCGCGGCCGGGCAACCCGCUCGAGCGCCACGCCAGCGAGGACAAGGACAUUCGCCCGCCCGAGACCCGCGAGCAGCUCACGUAUGAAAACAUGAACCGCGACAGCGCCAUCAUGCUGGCCAAGGAGGCCGCCGGGGUCGGUGCCGCGAGCUUUGUCUACGUCUCGGCUGCCGGCGGUGCCCCCGUGCUGCCCGCGCGCUACAUUAGCACCAAGCGCGAGGCCGAGAGUACCAUUGCCAGCGAGUUUCCUGGCAUGCGAGGCAUCUUUCCCCGGCCGCCCUUCAUGUACGACUCGAGCCGGCCCUUGACCAUGCCCCUGGCCGCCAUGACGGGUGCUGGAGCCAUCUUCAACAAGGUCACGGGUGGUGUGCUUGGUAGCUUCAUGGGGGCGGCUGGUGCCAAGCCUCUAAAGGUCGAUAUCGUUGCCGAGGCCGUCGUGGAGGCCAUGGACGAUCAGAGCGUGCGAGGGCCCGUUGAGGUUCCGGAGAUUGAAGAGCUAGCAAACCGGGCUUGGAGGAAGGGGAUGCUGUAA